UUUGCACGCCUUCCUCGCCCCUACGUUUGUCCGCUCCGCUCGGGAGACCGGGAAGAAACGGUCUCUGGCCUGUCAGGAGGACCGUUGGUGCUGCAGUGGAAGCCAGUGGCUAAGUCUCAUGUAUGGCGUGGUUAAGGUUGCAGCCUCUCACCUCUGCCUUCCUCCAUUUUGGGCUGAUAACUUUUGUGCUCUUCCUGAAUGGUCUUCGGGCAGAGACUGGUGGCUCAGGGGAUGUGCCCAGCACAGGGCAGAACAAUGAGUCCUGUCGGGAGUCAUCGGACUGCAAGGAGGGUGUCAUCUUACCAAUCUGGUACCCGGAGAACCCUUCCCUUGGGGAUAAGAUUGCCAGGGUCAUUGUCUAUUUUGUGGCUCUGAUAUACAUGUUCCUUGGGGUAUCCAUCAUCGCUGACCGCUUCAUGGCAUCUAUUGAAGUCAUUACUUCUCAAGAGAAAGAGGUGACUAUCAAAAAGCCCAACGGAGAGACCAGCACAACAAUGAUUCGGGUAUGGAAUGAAACUGUCUCCAACCUGACCCUUAUGGCUCUGGGUUCCUCUGCUCCUGAGAUCCUCCUCUCUUUAAUUGAGGUGUGUGGUCACGGGUUCAUUGCUGGUGAUCUGGGACCUUCUACCAUCGUGGGCAGUGCAGCCUUCAACAUGUUCAUCAUCAUUGCCAUCUGUGUGUAUGUGGUCCCCGACGGAGAGACUCGUAAGAUCAAGCACCUGCGAGUGUUCUUUGUCACUGCUGCUUGGAGCAUCUUUGCCUAUAUCUGGCUCUAUAUGAUCCUGGCAGUCUUCUCUCCUGGUGUGGUCCAGGUUUGGGAAGGCCUCCUCACUCUCUUUUUUUUCCCAGUGUGUGUUGUUCUGGCCUGGAUGGCAGAUAAGAGACUGCUCUUCUACAAAUACAUGCACAAAAAGUACCGCACAGAUAAACACCGAGGAAUUAUCAUAGAGACAGCGGGUGGCCACUCCAAGAGCAUUGAGAUGGAUGGGAAAAUGAUGAAUUCCCACUUUCUAGAUGGGAAUCUUGUGCCACCAGAAGGGAAGGAAGUAGAUGAGUCCCGCAGGGAGAUGAUCCGGAUUCUCAAGGAUCUGAAGCAAAAACAUCCAGAGAAGGAGUUAGAUCAGCUGGUAGAGAUGGCCAAUUACUAUGCUCUUUCCCAUCAACAGAAGAGCCGCGCCUUCUACCGGAUUCAAGCCAUCCGUAUGAUGAUCGGUGCAGGCAAUAUCCUGAGGAAACAUGCUGCAGAACAAGCCAAGAAAUCCGCUGCUAUGAGUGAGGUGCAUGCCGAUCAGCCUGAGGACUUUGUCUCCAAGGUCUUCUUUGACCCAUGCUCUUACCAGUGCCUGGAGAACUGUGGGGCUAUACUCCUGACAGUGGUGAGGAAAGGGGGGGACACAUCCAAGACGCUGUAUGUGGACUACAAAACAGAGGAUGGUUCUGCCAAUGCAGGGGCUGACUAUGAGUUCACAGAGGGCACCCUGGUUCUGAAGCCAGGAGAGACCCAGAAGGAGUUCUCUGUGGGCAUCAUUGAUGAUGACAUUUUUGAGGAGGACGAAUACUUCUUUGUGAGGUUGAGUAAUGUCCGCAUAGAGAAUGAGCAGCCAGAGGAAGGGAUGGCUCCAACAAUACAGAAUAGUGUUACCUUGCCUUCCAGGGCCGUCUUGGUGUCCCCUUGUGUGGCCAAAGUUACUAUCUUGGAUGAUGACCAUGCAGGCAUCUUCACUUUUGAAUGUGACACUAUUCGUAUUAGUGAGAGUAUUGGUGUCAUGGAGGUCAAGGUUCUGCGGACAUCUGGUGCCAAGGGUACAGUCAUCGUUCCCUUUAGGACAGUGGAAGGGACAGCCAGGGGUGGUGGUGAGGAUUUUGAAGACAUAUAUGGGGAGUUGGAGUUCAAGAAUAAUGAAACUGUCAAAACAAUUCCCAUCAAGUUAAUUGAUGGUGAGGCGUAUGAGAAAAACAAGAAUUACUUCAUUGAGAUGAUGGGCCCCCGCAUGGUGGAUAUGAGUUUUCAGAAAGCGCUCCUGUUGUCUCCAGAGGUGACAGACAGGAAGCUGACUGUGGAGGAAGAGGAAGCCAAGAGGAUAGCAGAAAUGGGAAAGCCAGUAUUGGGUAAACACCCCAAACUAGAGGUCAUCAUUGAAGAGUCCUAUGAGUUCAAGAAAACGGUGGACAAACUGAUCAAGAAGACAAAUAUGGCCUUGGUCGUGGGGACCCAUUCCUGGAGGGACCAAUUCAUGGAGGCCAUCACCGUCAGUGCAGCAGGGGACGAGGAUGAGGAUGAGUCCGGCGAGGAGAAGCUGCCGUCCUGCUUUGACUACGUCAUGCACUUCCUGACGGUCUUCUGGAAGGUGCUGUUUGCCUGCGUGCCCCCCACGGAGUACUGCAGUGGCUGGGCCUGCUUCUUCGUCUCCAUCCUCAUCAUCGGUGUGCUCACGGCCAUCAUCGGGGACCUGGCCUCCCACUUUGGCUGCACCAUCGGCCUCAAGGACUCGGUCACAGCUGUUGUUUUCGUGGCGUUUGGCACCUCUGUGCCAGAUACCUUUGCCAGCAAAGCCUCCGCCAUGCAUGACAUGUACGCAGACGCCUCCAUCGGCAACGUCACCGGCAGCAACGCCGUCAACGUCUUCCUGGGCCUUGGCCUGGCCUGGUCCGUGGCCGCCAUCUACUGGGCCAUGCAGGGAGAGGAGUUCCGCGUGUCCGCGGGCACGCUGGCCUUCUUCGUCACCCUCUUCACCAUCUUCGCGUUCGUCUGCAUCAGCGUGCUCCUGUACCGCAGGCGGCCUCACCUGGGCGGGGAGCUGGGCGGCCCCCGGGGCUGCAAGCUGGCCACGACGGGGCUCUUUGUGAGCCUGUGGCUCCUCUACAUACUCUUUGCCACGCUGGAGGCCUACUGUUACAUCAAGGGGUUCUGAGCCACAGACACGGCCUCUGGCAGGGCAGGCCUAGGACUUCUCCUGAGAGAAGGGCACUUCCCCCCAGGGACCUCCCGGGAUGAGCAGCCCUGGAGAGGCGGCUUCAGGACCCGAGCCCCAGGGACUUCACCCGACCUCCACCUGGCGGUGAUCUGAAAGGGCAGAGUCUUCAUCAAUCAGACAGAACGGGGGAAACACCGACACUACCAAGUAUUUAAUUCAGUACAAACCAACAGCAGCAACACAUCCUCCUCCACCCACCUCCCCCGACACCCCUGUCCCCGACCGGUAGCCAAGGUCAGAUCCUUUCACCACCUUCUCUUUCACCUUCUGAUUACUCCUGUGCUUCUACUGUCAUCAGGGCAGGGUUCCUCCUGUCUGUCCAAUUCCAUGCACCAUUGUCCUCACUCACCUGGCGGGCAUGGAAAUAAGUCUCAGCCACGUGGGGCUGGUUUGGGGCUCUCUCCUUCAUUGGAAUCAUUAUGGUGGCUGCUUUCCUUUUCCCGUCAGGUUUUGCUCGUCGUUAGUUCAUUUUGUCUUUUCUUUCUGACGUUAGUGACAAAGGUGCUGUGGAGGGACCCAAGGGUUGAGCCGAUGGGCAGAGGCGUGAAUUGUCAGACACAGGCUCUCCCACUCUCAGCAGGUGACAGCUGUGUCUCAGCCCCAUCGAGGUCCUAUCCCCCAUCUCCUGUUCGUCUCUGGGUGGAAGUGAUCUUGCACACCUACGCGGGGCACCAAAGAUCCGGGUGGUGGCAGGAGCAGGAGGCGUUUCCUCUGCUGAUGCCAAAGUUUAAAAGGAGCAGUCGUCAUUCUCUUCCUUGCCCAGGCCUUUCAAAUCCUGUCUCGUGCUGUCCAUGUCGAUAUGUCCUUUCUUCUGCAGGAGGGCCCACCCAACGGGAGAAAAGGGACAAAAAUAGGAGUGGUGUGGGAUGACAGAGGGCAGCUGGGGACACAAAGUGGGUGUUCACCUUCUUGAGUAUCUUUGGCUUUGUAUCUGAGCCAGGAGACUCGGGAUGUCCCACUAGGGAGAUGCUUAAGGGGAAAGAUAUUUAAAAUGCCAGGGCUUCUGAGAAAGAUCAGCUUCACCCCCACCCCUCACUGUCCGAGGCACCGUACUAAGAGGUCUGACUGUAUUUCUUCAGGAAAUGCGAAAACGUAGAGGUUUAUAAGAAGACAAGGGACCCCUUUCACCUCUCCUGUACCCCGAGGCCACCUUUGAAAGCGUUUUCACAAGAUAGGAACUGGAAUUCCUCGCCGUCUCCCACAGUUGUGCUUGGUUUAAAACCUCCCGAAGCUCUCCUUCCAGCCUGUGGGCUACUUCUCGUCCCAGUAGGAGGAAUCUUAGUUGCCAUAAUCCCACGGAGCCCGAGUUUAUAGAAAAAGAGAUUGCCCUGCCCUCUAGAGCUUCUCCCAGCAAACUUUGAAAGGACCUGGCUUUAAACACACACACACACACACACACACACACACACACACACACACACACACGAGAUCACAAAACUGCCCACAGAUCUUCAAGCUUUCUGCAUUGACAUAAAUACAUUUUUAAGGGGGAAAAAUAUUAAAAAACCUGUUUAAUUUUAAACACAUUUUUUAAGAAAAAGAAAUAACUAAAAAGAAACAGUGCUCAUGUCAUAAGCUAUGUUGCCAGUUGCCAGUGGAAAUGUUGGGUUGGUUUAAAAAAAAAUAAAAGCUAUACUUAUAUCUCUCUGCA